AUGGUGGCAAUUACAAAGAAAGGUUCGGUGGAACUCGCCGCGGUUUCCUCUCCAGAAGUUCAGAAUGAAUGUUGCCAGUACGUGCUGCCGAGGAAGAAUCGGCGAUGCAAAAUGCUGGUCAAGCAGGGCAAUCGGUUCUGCGGAGAGCACGCGAUCCACGACCGGGAGAACACGACGCGCAUUCCGUGUCCGAACGACGGAAAGCACACGAUUCUGAGGGCGGAGCUCGAGUCGCACCUCAAAAAGUGCAAUUCCCGGAUCAUCGAGGCAGAAUACAUUAAAAUCGACGCGAAUUCGGUUCGUGGCGAGACCAAAUUCGACGCGAAAAUUGAUCGGAGAGCCAGCGAGGAGGAGAUUUGCGAAGUGGUGCACAAGAUUUGGGAGUGUUAUGAGAACGAAGUGAAAGAACGGCUCGUUGUGGAACAACGGACAAACAGGCUCGUCGAGCAGAACCUCGCCGACAAUGCGGACCUGUGUUCUGGCAAAAAGAAGCAAUUAGUGCAAAUCUCCUCUAUUUUAGGUAAGGGUUGAAAAAAUAGAAAAAAUUACCCGGCCCACCCCGUGAAAAGUCUGUUUUAGAGUUCUCCGACUUGGUAGCCAAUAACGAUACGUGAAUUGAUUACAGGUCAUAUCGAAGCAGCCGGACUCCUCCCAUCCUCAUCCUCCUCCUGCAUGUUCGAACUCGGCGCAGGAAAAGGACAACUCGCUUAUUGGAUCGGAAAAGCCGCUCCAAACGGACAGUACAUUCUCAUGGAUCGCAGUGGAUCUCGGAACAAAUGGGACAAGGCCGCACUGCGAGAACGACCCGAACUCUGUCUGAAACGGUACAGAUGUUCGAUCGAACACAUGGAUUUGAGCAAAAUUGACGAGUUGAAAGUAGGAACGUUUAAUUGAAAGAAGGAAACUUGUGAAUUUGCAGAACUCUACAGAGAUUCUAGCAGUUUGCAAGCAUUUUUGUGGAAGUGCGACUGAUGCCGGCAUCCGUUCACUCAGAAACAGUGGUCUCCAAUUCAACGCAGCUCUUCUCAUCCCUUGUUGUCAUCACAAAUCGAGAUUCGCCGAGUACGGAGGUCACGAAUUCCUGCAGAAAUGGGAAAUGGACGAUGAGGCGUCCUUUUCGGCACUGCGAUACGUGGCUUCAUUUGCAACGAACGGAGCGGCGGAAACAACAGAGCAAACUGGAUGGUAAAAGUCUGAUUCAUCCAAAUUUGGCUCAAUUAAAUCUUCAGGAAAUCGAUCCACUCUCCUCUAGAACUGGGACGCCGAGCGAAAGCGAUUCUGGAAAUAGGAAGGGCCGAAUGGUUGGAACGCGUCGGAUUCGAAACGAGAGUUAUUCAAUAUGUGCCACCAGAAGUCUCACCGGAAAAUUUGUUGAUUUUAGCUACUAAAAAAGACUGA